GAGAGCGGGAGGAGGUUCCACUGGGUGUGUGAGCUCCAGUCGUCUAACACUCGCGUCAGGUCCGCCCGUCACACUACCAGGCUUACCUGCCUGCCUGACUACCUGACUGUCACUUGUCUGUCUGUCUUCUCGCCUUCCCCGCCCCCCGACAACCACAAGUUAAACAACAUGGACUCACUAGAGGCUGAUCAGAUUGAGGCCCUCCAGAAGGCCUUUGACUCCUUCGACACUGAUGGUAAGGGCGCCAUCACCACCGAUACCGUCUCCACCAUCUUGAGGAUGAUGGGCGUCAAGAUCUCCGAGAAGAACCUUCAGGAGGUUAUCGCCGAGACUGACGAGGACGGUUCCGGGGAAUUGGAGUUCGAGGAGUUCGUGGAGUUGGCCGCUAAGUUCCUGAUUGAGGAGGACGAGGAGGCGCUGAAGACUGAGCUGAAAGAAGCCUUCCGUAUAUAUGACAAGGGCGGUGACGGCUACAUCACCACCGAUGUCCUGAAGGAGAUCCUGAGAGAGCUGGACAACAGGUUGACUGAGGAAGAUCUUGACAACAUCAUUGAGGAGGUGGACGAAGACGGCUCCGGCACCCUCGACUUUGAUGAGUUCAUGGAGAUGAUGUCAGGGUAGGCGGCCAUGUUGUAUCGCUAUGCUGCGUUAUCUCCCCACCGCAGCCUCCCUCUUUGACCCCGAGCUAAGGGCGGGGUGCUCCAGGCUGCUCUCUCUCCCUCCUCACCACUGUUCGCGUCGAGUCUCUUCCUUCACGACAUAAUAACUAAAUAUCCUCAUUCUCAUCUGUGUCAAGUGUCGCCUCAUUUUCUCUACCAAUGUCCUGUUAAGAAUAUAUAUAAUCACUUUGUAAACUGUUCUUAUUAGAGGCAAGUUUUAUGUUAUGUAAAGGAUUAUAUAAUAGUGGUUAUAGUUCCUAGUGAGUAAGUGUAUCAGCUCUGGCGGCGGUCAGGUUUACAGAAGGCUCGUUUAGCUGCGGCCAGGUGUAUACUGGCCACAGUCACUACAACAAACUCACCGUAAACUAAACCACACAGCCAAGAAUGUUAUAGUCACCACACACACACAUCAUCAUUACUAACUAAUACCACAAAUCUCACCAUAUCUCCAAACUCCUUCAAUAAAGAUAAAAAAGAAUUAAA